AUGGCUAGAAUGGAGAAUCAUCUGGGAGUAGAAAAUGGUCUAGUAGAACCAAACCCCCAGGCCCACCAGCCUGAAGGAAUCUACGUAGCCAGGACCCUUGUUCAGGACUGUCAAGAAGUACCAGUGAGGGUCAUGAAUGUUACCCACAAGGACCAAAAGCUCAGGAGAGGAUCUCCUCGGGCGCACUGUGAGCCAGUAACACUCGUGGCUUUGCCCGAGUUGGGGCAGCCCCCAGCACCAGGUAUAACACCGAAAUUAGCGGACGUGACAACUGCGGCCAAGCCACACCUAAACACCAGAGAAUUUCAAGAGUUAGAGGAUCUCAUGUCCGAGUUCGCGGAUAUCUUCGCACAAGGCAACGAAGAUUAUGGAAGGACAAACAGGGUAUAUCACCGUAUAGACACGGGAGACGCCCGGCCGAUUCGACAGCCACCGAGGAGAGUACCCCUGGCAAAACAAGCGGAAGUGAAGGAAAUGCUCGACAACAUGCGAGGACAGGGGGUUAUAGAAGAAUCGGACAGCCCUUGGUCGUCCCCGGUCGUUCUGGUCAGGAAGAAGAAUGGGGAGCUCCGUUUCUCUGCCCUCUCCCUAGGGCAGUAUAUUCCACCUGCCAUGGCACUUCAGAGGACAUGCCUCCAUUAG